CGAAAUGGAUGUCUAUACGAAACGGUCGAGCCAAACGGAGAUGGCUGGAUGGGGCACAUCCAACUUCCCGCUGCGUGUUUGAAUGACGGGCAGCCUGACUGACUCCAUAGCAGUUUACUUAGUCUACUGUGUUCUUAGUGCCUGUCUGUCUACUUACUACUCAUCGCCUUGCCAGACAACGGUGCAACAGUUGCCAGGUCUGUCCUGUUUUUUUCUCCGGCCACCAACCACUCUUUCCACCCAAAAAGAAAACAGUCUGGUUUAGAUCUCACCGUCUUUUUGAAGCAUCGCCAACCCCGUUGGCUGGCAGCGAGGACCUUAUCCAACACAUGAGCGAACUAUUGCCAAAACUAAAGUGUAAAGUUCAGCAGCCGCCUUCUGAAUCAACCCGACCCCCUCCAAACCAU